AUGGCCUCCAUUGGAACUGCUGCGAAGGCCAAUGGCAUUAACAAAGCCUUGGUACACAUUUUGUGCGGCAACAACACUGACGGACAAGCCAAAGCCUACGCCAAGGUAGUUAGAGAUUCGAAAAUGAAGAACGUGAAGACUGUCGUGUACAUGCUGGACCCCAGAAAGGCUGGAAACCAACAGCAAGGACAGACUGACAUUAACAAUCAUGCCAUCAAUGCUGCUGCCAGCGUAGGAGAAGUCAUCAAAGUCUACCGUUUUGACCCGAACGCUCCAUCGCCGCAAGACAGAUUGAGAAUCAACAACAAGAACCAGGUGUUUACCGCUGAGAAGCAAGUCACUCCUUAG